UAACGAGGCUUUGUUGGUUCAUUAUCCACCCACCACUAAAAUGGAAUUGCCAUUGUCCCUUGUGACUCACUCAGUGCCACCUCCAUUUCCCCUUUCUUAAUAAAUAAUUUUAUUUUAUUAUCAUCCUCAAACAAUUCCGAGUGGUUACAACGCAAAUUCUAAUCCCUUCAACUACCGGACAAAUUCACCAAUUUCAGCAUCUCUUCCCAACCCAACUUACUCAGAUACCUCUCUCUCUCUCUCUCUCUAAUGCGUUCCAUGCUCCUCCAAUUUAUUACGCCCUCUUUUUCAGACCCAUAUAAUAAUAAUAAUAAUAAUAAUAAUAAUAAUAAUAAUAAUACAUAUACUUAGUACACUACGAACCGCAACCGCAUCCUUCAUAGUAGUUUCUUGUUUCUUCAGACAAAGGUAUGGCUUCUUUGAUUCAGUGUCCGGCAACUUCUUUCUCUGGAACUCGUUUCAACAAGGCACUCAAGUCUCGUGUUCGUUGCUCCUUAGACUCUAAUGUCUCCGACAUGAGCGUCAACGCGCCGAAAGGGCUGUUUCCGCCGGAGCCGGGACAUUAUCGAGGACCAAAGCUGAAAGUUGCCAUCAUUGGGGCUGGGCUUGCUGGCAUGUCAACUGCAGUAGAACUCUUGGAUCAAGGACACGAGGUUCAGCUCCUUUAUUCUUUAAUAUCACACUUCCUCCAUUUCAUAUUUUAUAUGUCAUUUUUAAUUUUGGAUCAUUAUAAAUAUAUAUUGGUCUCAUGCUUAUUUUCAAUUAUGUUUUCUAUUCUUUUCCGAUUGAUGAAAAAGGUGGGUGCAGAUAACAAUCUACUUGUAAAGGAUCACACUCACACUUUUGUGAACAAAGGGGGUCAAAUAGGAGAACUAGAUUUUCGCUUCCCAGUGGGAGCGCCAUUGCAUGGGAUAAACGCUUUUUUGUCCACAAAUCAGCUUAAGACUUAUGAUAAGGCUAGAAAUGCUGUGGCUCUCGCACUGAGUCCAGUUGUCAAAGCUCUUAUUAAUCCAGAUGCUGCAUUGAGGGACAUAAGGAAUUUGGAUAGUAUUAGCUUUUCAGACUGGUUUAUAUCCAAAGGUGGCACACGAAUGAGUAUUCAAAGGAUGUGGGAUCCAGUGGCCUAUGCUCUUGGAUUUAUUGACUGUGAUAAUAUCAGUGCACGUUGCAUGCUCACCAUAUUUGCCUUGUUUGCCACAAAGACUGAGGCCUCCCUUUUGCGAAUGCUGAAGGGUUCACCGGAUGUUUAUUUGAGUGGCCCUAUCCGAAAGUACAUUACAGAUAGAGGGGGCAGGUUCCAUCUUAGAUGGGGUUGCAGAGAAAUACUUUAUAAUAGGUCUUCUGAUGGUAGUACUUAUGUUACAGGACUUGCCAUGUCAAAGGCUACUGCCAAACAAAUCGUGCAUGCUGAUGCUUACGUUGCUGCUUGUGAUGUUCCCGGAAUUAAAAGAUUAAUUCCUUUGGAGUGGAGGGAACAGAAGUUUUUCAGUAACAUAUACGAGCUUGUUGGAGUUCCUGUCGUCACAGUGCAACUCAGAUACAACGGCUGGGUUACAGAGUUGCAGGAUCUUGAAAAAUCAAGGCAACUGAAGCAAGCUCUUGGGCUAGAUAACCUUCUCUAUACUCCGGAUGCAGAUUUUUCGUGCUUUGCAGAUCUUGCACUAACAUCUCCUGAAGAUUAUUACAUUGAAGGACAAGGAUCGUUAUUACAAUGUGUUCUGACACCAGGUGAUCCGUACAUGCCCUUACCGAAUGAUGAAAUUAUUUCAAGGGUAGCAAAACAGGUUCUAGUACUAUUUCCAUCGGCUCAAGGCUUAGAAGUAACCUGGUCAUCUGUUGUUAAAAUUGGGCAAUCUCUAUACCGCGAGGGACCUGGUAAAGAUCCAUUCAGACCUGAUCAGAAGACACCGGUGAAGAAUUUCUUUCUCGCCGGCUCUUACACCAAACAGGACUACAUAGACAGCAUGGAAGGUGCAACCUUGUCAGGUAGACAAGCUUCAGCAUAUAUCUGUGACACCGGCGAAGAAUUGGUGGAUCUGCGGAAGGUGCUCGCUACCGAGUUUAAAGAUGAGAUAAAAUUUGCAAACAUAAAAGAUGAAUUGAGCUUAGUAUAAGAUACAUUUUCGUCCAAGUUAGCCACAUUGAAAAGCAGAAAGCUUGUUAUUUAUGCAACUUUUUUAUAAUAUGUAUAUUCAGUUGAAAGGUAAUUAAAGAAUGUGUGUUUCAGCAAGUAGUGCUUGAUAGUAAUUGUGAAAUCUGAUUCAGGCUUCCAUAAA